AUAAUGGAGUGAAACGAUCAUUGCUUGUCAGGCUACACAGUGAGACCCUUGAAGCCAUUUAUUCUCACACGCAUUUAAUAGAUAGUUCUCCAUUUCUUUUAAUGAAUAAAUGCUCUUGUAAAUAAUCAAUGAAUCAAAAAAAUGAAAUCCCUCAAAAGUAUCCAGAGCUUUGAUUCAGUACUUUAUACAAUUAUGCAGCCUUUUAAAAUGGAGGUUUUAGUGGCCAAAAUGUGAAAGAAAGGAGUUCUCGCCACUGAUGAUGGAUCCUGUGGAGUCCGCUACGUCUGAGGAAACCCUGACUACUUGGUCACAAAAUAGUGGCAAACACUGGAGCCUGAACAGCACACAGGGUGAGAUAAGAGUGGGACCAAGUCAUCAGGCCAAGCUUCCGGAGUUGCAGCCCCGGCCUUCUCCUGGUUUACAGACACAGACGGAGAGGGAGGAGCUCAUGUGGACACCUGGAGUCAAUGACUGUGACCUCCUUAUGUACCUCCGAGCGGCAAGGAGCAUGGCAGCGUUUGCAGGGAUGUGUGACGGUGGAUCCACAGAGGACGGAUGUUUAGCAGCCUCCCGUGAUGACACUACACUCAACGCUCUCAAUAUGCUCCAUUCAAGUCAUUACGACGCAGCAAAAGCUCUCCAGCGUUUGGUUAAGAAGCCUCUGCCGAAGCUGAUUGAGAAAUGCUGGUCGGAGGGUGAUGUGAAACAUUUCAUCAAAGGCCUGAGACAAUAUGGAAAAAACUUCUUUCGGAUCCGAAAAGACUAUCUACCCAGCAAAAAGACUGGAGACUUGAUCUCGUUCUAUUACCACUGGAAGAAAACUCCUGAGGCUGCAGGAACGAGAGCUUAUCGACAGCAACGCCGAGAGCCGUCCUCUCGUAAGGCAAAGACUCGCUCUGCGGCAGCUUCAGUAAACACACCGUCGCGUAAUUAUUCAGUGGAUGUGAGUUCCGCCAGUGAGGAUGAUCUUGAUAGUGAAGACAGCGAACAGGACGUUAAGACGUGUAGCCACUGUGGUACAACAAGUUCAAAAGACUGGCACGAGGGGGGGAAGGAUAAUAACCCUUUGCUGUGCACGGCAUGCCGUGCAUAUGAGAGAAAGCAUGGAUGUCUGCCACCAACUUCGAAAUCCACAGGCACGUUCAUGUUUAAACCUGUUAAAGAGGAAGAAGAGGUGAACAGCAAGCAUGGCAUGAGGACACGGCGAAGCAGAGCAACUCAGCUUUCAUCUUUAAGAAGCGGCCACAGGCGGCUGACUGGUUCCCCCACCAGUGAGGACCAGCAGUCCAGUAACCAGCCGUCCCCCAGCGGAGUGACUUCCAGCUCCCUGAGGUCAUCGUCCAUAGACAAUAAGAAUGAGGCCACAAAGAGGACAAGCAGGAGGAUAAAAGAGGAGGCAGCACUACCAAAGACGACGAAACGUGUACGGGAGAGUCUUGCUCUGGAGCCUGAAAAGGUUACGCCCAAGAGGCAGAAGACACAGGAUCCACAGGGAUCCCGGUCAGAGGGUGAGGCUGAGGUAGAGGAGGAAAGCUCCUCAGAAAGCCGCAGUGCUCAGGAUGAUGGCAGUAGUGACACCAAAGACAUUGAUCAGGAUAACCGCAGCUCCUCUCCCAGCAUUCCCAGUCCUCAGCAGGGCAACGAGAGCGACUCUGACUCAUCAGCCCAGCCGACUGCUGUACCGUCAGAGCCUGUUGCCCCCUCUGCUGUGUUGGUGGACACGCCUGUCUUGCAAGCCCCACCCUCUCAGGGUCCUGUCAUUGCUGCUCCACCACCUCGUAGCACCUCUUCUGCUGAUCCCGCACAAAGCCCCCCUCCCACUUCUCCAGACCCUCCCCAGCCGGCUGCCAGUCAGUCACUUGCCACAGGGGCUCAAAACACCCGACCACAGCCUGGCUCUCACCCUCUUCCUGGUCCGCCUGCUCUGCCAUCAGUGUUGGGUCAGGAUGCACCUCUUUUUUCACCAUUCCAAGUCCCACCUUCUCUCAACUUGGCACAGCCUCUGCUGUCACAAAGCCUAUCACCUCAGGCACCCCAGCGGCCGUCACCCUUCUUUCGGGAGUCACAGCUCCCACAGCCUCCUCUGCCUGGCCCACAAAUCAAGCCUCCUCCCACAACUCCAAUUCCACCUUCCCACAAACAGCUACCACACCAGUCUGCUUCUCCUUUCCCCCACAUGCCCUCUAACCUGCCGCCUCCACCUGCUCUCAAACCCCUCACUUCUCUGCCCAACCAGCAUCCUCCAGGUGCUCCACCUCCCCCUCUUCAGCUCAUGCAGCAGCCCUUGUCGGUGCAGUCACAUGCAACCCAGCUUCCAGUGAUCGCUCAGGUGCAAACCCACCCUGGAAAGAGCAUAGCUUGCUCUCAUCCACCUUCUGCAGCUUCACACCCUCUCACCCCCGUCACAUCCUCAGCUGCCGGCCCAGUCCCAAGCCUCCAGUCGUCCCUCCUUCCUCCUUCCCGUCCCUCCUUACCGAGCAGCACAGCGGGAGGACCACUUGCACAUAUUCACAUAAAAGAAGAACCACUGGAUGAGGUAGAAGAGGUGCAAAGUCCACCUUCUCCACCUCGGAGCCCGUCGCCAGAGCCCGCCAUUGUGAACAUGGCAAGCCAUGCCAGCCAGUCUGCACGGUUCAUCAAACACUUGGAUCGUGGUUACAACUCUUGCGCCCGAACUGACCUGUUCUUCACUCCACUCUCGUCGUCCAAGUUGGCCAAGAAACGGGAAGAGGCCGUGGAAAAGUCGAGGAGAGAGGCCGAGCUCGGUGCUCGGCAAGAGCGCGAAAGGGAGAAAGAGAGGGAGAGAGAGCGGGAACGAGAGUCGGACAGAAAUGCCAGAGCCAGCAACUCCUCCCAUGACGGUCGCAUGAGUGAGGCACAGAUGGCGGCUCAAGGUCAUGGACGGCCUUCCUUUGAGCAACCGCCCACCACCGUCGCUGCUGUGCAGCCUUAUAUCGGCCCGGACACCCCAGCUCUGCGCACCCUGAGUGAAUAUGCUCGACCACACGUGAUGUCGCCCAACAACCGCAACCAUCCGUUUUACGUGUCCCUGAGCCCAGGUGACCCCCUGCUGGCCUACCACAUGCCCGGCUUGUACAGCGCAGAGCCCAGUCUGCGAGAGCGUGAGCUGAGGAACCUCAGAGAGAGGGAGCUCCGCGAGAGAAUGAAACCAGGCUUUGAGGUCAAACCCCCAGACAUGGAGACCUUACAUCCUUCAGCCAAUCCCAUGGAGCACUUUGCCCGACAUGGCGCACUGGCUCUUCCCCAUAUACCCGGGCCUCCCCAUCACUUUGCCCCCUUUCAUCCCGGGCUGAACCACCUGGAGCGGGAGAGGAUGGCGCUGGCAGGACCCCAGCUGCGCCCGGAGCUGAGUUACGCCGAGCGACUCACCGCAGAGCGGCUCCAUGCAGAAAGGAUGGCCUCUGUAGCAACUGACCCUGCUGCCAGGCUGCAGAUGCUUAACGUGACGCCGCAUCAUCACCAGCACUCUCACAUUCACUCGCACCUCCAUCUGCACCAACAGGACCCCCUUGGUCAAGGUUCAGGUCCUCAUCCUCUGGACCCUCUGUCAAAUGGACCACGUUUGGCCCGAUUUCCUUUCCCUGGUGGUCCAAUCCCCAACCCUUUACUCAGUGAUCUUCCUCAUGAUCACGAAAUGCUGCGGCACCCAUUGUUUGGGGCUGCAUAUCCACGAGAGCUGCAGGGCCCGAUUCCUCAGAUGUCUGCUGCUCACCAGCUCCAAGCUAUGCAUGCUCAGUCUGCGGAACUGCAGAGGAUGGCUAUGGAGCAGCAGUGGCUGCAUGGACAUCACUUGCAUGGAGGCCCGCUGCCAAGCCAAGAAGAUUACUACAGGUGAAUCCGUCUGAAGAAAGAAGGUGACAAGCCAUCUUGAGUGUCAGGUGGUGCAUGCCCUAAAACCUUACACUUAUAGCCAAUACAAUACUGUGUACCUUUGGAGACUGUAAGAGAAUAUUUGUGUGUCAAUUUUUAUGUUUUAAUAUAUUUUAGAGAACACUUUGUGGACCUUUGCGCGCGUUCCUCGUUCAGCACUUAAUGGGACUGUCAAAGUCCGUCUGAGAUUUUCAUAUCGCUUAAGAAUUUAUACUACUUUUAUUAUCAAAAUAAUGAACACAAUCUUAUUAGUAUGAGAUUAAGUCGCAGAUUUUCUCUGUGGAACUGUACAACUAUUUGAUAUGCAGUUAUUUGAGUUACUACAACUCCUAUAAAGGAUAUGAAAACAGACUGACUUUGGAGUUUAAGUUCAAACUAUACUCGUCUCUAUAAUGAUUUUUGAGGUGAUUUCCGUGUACAGAAUGACAUUUGAAUCAGUGUUUGAAUAACCUAGCAUGACUCAGUCUUAGUUUUCACCAAACUAGAGUAGUAAGUUGCAUUGUGGUGUUUAGACUCGACUCUGAAAGUAAUAGUAGGGAUUGGUUUUACUCUUAAAUCUGCUAAAUAUUUGUCUAAAUCCUAAAAGUUUUAUUUAUCAAGAUAUCUUUUCACAGUAUAACCGAAGCUUUUAUUCGCUCAUUUUAGAGAUUGUAAAUACCACAUGUUCAUUAUAUUCUAUAUAAAUGAGUACUAUAAAUAUAGCAGUAGAUGUAAACACUCGACCCCCCCCCUCCCCCGAUUCAACCGGUUAGCAGUAAAC